AUGGCGCGAAUCACAAACAUGGGUAAGAGGAAAAAGUUCUUGGAGGCGACACCUUAUGAAGCCAAACCAGUUGAAGCUGCGAAAGAUGUCAAGCCAAAUGAAAACGGUGAUGCCUUCAUUGGAGAGUCUGAAAAGAAAACGAACAACCGAACAGGUUCGAAACCGGAUCAACAACAGCGAAAGGGCCGUUCAGAGCAUCGCAGAAUCAAAAGACAAAAUAUGAGAUAUAAGGACAAGUUUUGCUUUGCAUGCAGAAAACCAGGCCACAUAGUGCAAAACUGCCCUGAGGCGAAAUCGGACGUCUCCAUAUGUUUCCGCUGUGGAAGCAAAGAUCAUUCUUUGAAUGCCUGUCCCAAAAAGGGACCGUUGAAGUUUGCGGUUUGCUUUAUUUGCCACGGAAAAGGACAUUUGGCUGGUCAAUGCGAGAAGAAUCCCCACGGUCUGUACCCUAAAGGGGGUGGUUGCAAGCUUUGUGGAUCUGUACAUCAUUAUGUUAAGGACUGUGAUCAAGUACGCAAGGAAGAUGUCAAUCACGGACAUGUUUUGGCUACUGCAGGUACUACAGGCGCUGAUGAAGAUGUCUAUCACGAAUAUGCAAGGGAAGUCACCAAGCCCGCUGCACCAAAACCAUCUUCCAAACCAGUAAAGAAGACGGUUACAUUUUGA